AUGCUGCUCACCGGGCGCAAAGUGUCCGCAGGCGAGGCCCUGGGAAUAGGGUUGGUCAAUCGGGUGGCUGCGAAGGGUGAGGACGCGCUGUUGGCCGCGAAGCAACUUGCGAUGCAAAUUGCGAAAGGCAGUCCACUAGGGGCACUUUACGCAAAGGAAGCGGUGGUGUCGGGGGCCGAGUUGUCCCUUCAGCAGGCCCUUGGACUGGAGGCGGACCUUAACAUGAUCCUGCAGAGCACCGCCGACAGGGCCGAGGGAAUAGCAUCGUUCCUGGAACGGAGGCGCCCGAAUUUCACUGGCGAGUAG